AGGCCGCGACGGGCGGAGGGGCCGCGGGCGGCGGCGGGAUCCGAGGCUCCGGCCCGCGGGGCGCCCUUUCCUCCUCCUCCUCUUCCUCCCACGCGCCCUCCAGGGCCGGCCAGGCGGGAGUGGGGGGGCCCCACCACCACCCUCACUCCGAAGAGCUGGAGGAGGAGGCCGGCCUGGGAGAGAGCGACCCCGGAGACUCCGCCAUCGAAGACCCGGAGUUGGAAGCCAUUAAAGCUCGAGUGCGAGAGAUGGAAGAGGAAGCAGAGAAGCUAAAAGAGCUGCAGAACGAAGUUGAGAAACAAAUGAACAUGAGCCCCCCGCCUGGCAACGCUGGCCCAGUCAUCAUGUCUUUAGAAGAAAAGAUGGAAGCAGAUGCAAGGUCCAUAUAUGUAGGCAACGUGGAUUAUGGGGCGACAGCAGAGGAGCUGGAGGCUCACUUCCACGGUUGCGGCUCCGUCAACCGGGUGACCAUCCUCUGCGAUAAGUACACUGGCCAUCCCAAGGGGUUUGCCUACAUUGAAUUCUCGGACAAGGAGUCGGUGAGGACGUCCUUAGCGUUAGAUGAGUCGCUGUUCAGGGGAAGGCAGAUUAAGGUGAUCCCCAAACGGACCAACCGCCCUGGGAUCAGCACCACAGACCGGGGUUUCCCCCGGACCCGGUACAGAGGGAGAGGAUCCGGCUACAGCAGUUCCCGGGCCCGUUUCUACAGCGGCUUUAGCAGCAGGCCACCCCGAGGGCGCGCAUACAGGGGCCGGGCCAGAGCGACCUCAUGGUAUUCCCCUUACUAAAAACAAAAAAAAAAGUGGUUGUUUUAGGAAGGAGGAAAAAAAAAAGAAAAAAAA